CGCGUUUGCAAGGGGGUUGGGAAAUCAAAGUUUCAAUGUUCCCCGUCCGCGAGGCCGGAUCACUCACGUUCCGGCCGCCCCCCACCAGGCCGGCCACGGGGGGCCACGGGUCCCGCACAUUCCCCAACACGGAAGCCCUUCGAGUCGACUUCGGUGCUGCAACGCAACAGUGGUCGAUUCGUUGACUCGGGAAGCUGGGCUGCGGUGCACCAUGAGACCGAGUGACGUAUCAUCCGCGAACUAUCAUCACGUCACCAGUUCUGCUGCAGUGUGCAGAGUCUUGAGAGUCUCUCCCUUCUGGUUGGACAUCCUGUCCGUGAUUCAACCCAACCCAACCUACACUACUUACUACUAGCUCUUCCGGCUCUCGUCUAUUGCAGGCAGGCUAGGUGGAUGUGGUCGCGCGUACUCGUGCCGGCAAGCAUGGCUUCCGCGCCAUAUGGCCGGCCUAGCUGACCGCCCCCCUUCUUCCGAGAGGAGAGGGAACAAUGCAAGUACUGUACUUGAGUAGACUAGUCAGAUGUGAACAGUCUGCAGUCAGAUGGCGGCUGGCACUCCUGCAAGCCCGAGCCCGCCCAUCCUCCUCCCUCCUCUCUCCCCUCGGAAGGGGCAGAAGCCGUUCUGUUUACUCUUCCUUUGUUCCACGAGGGGCCAUCCUCUGCCUUUCCCGACGGAAGCGCGGGGCCUGGGCGGCGAUGUUUGGGCUCCUGUCAGGGACGUUUCAGCCAAUGGCCGGACCGCCCGUUGAGCAGCGCUUCAGCAUUCUGCUCGGAAACCACUCUUCCCGUCUGUUCGGAGCCUCCUUUUAUGACUAGAUCUGCACGGCCUAGCAUGUUUGGAAUCCCACACCAUUCCUUUCCCCAUUCUGCUCUUCCGUCCCACUUGACAGACUGGCGACUGAACCCUUGGCCGUGGGACGCUGCUCAUCCGGUACUCGACUUCCGGGAGCCAAGCCGCCGAUUUUGUUUUGCUGGCUUUUUGUUUCAUAAACAACAUGACAGCACGGCCCGAGUAGGUUGCCUUCUGCGCAACCCUCAUGUGCUUACAUCCUCCGGAGUUUCCUUGACUGCCGACCCAAUCUUUUUCUGCCCUUCGGUAGCGCGGGAGAAAUAAGAUGAUAUGGUCGUUUAAAAAGCCAUGCUCACCCGUCCAUCACCUUUCCUCCACGUCCAAUUACCCUGGGUGCCCCCAGCCCUAUACACAUGGGCUCAUCCAAAUCGCACACUCUGGUCCAAGAUGCCCGGUAUCAAGGUCUUCCACAUCACCGCCCUGGCGACGCUCGUGCUGUCGUCAGCGCUGUUGAGCAUAAGUGCACAAGACACAUGCACAACCAGCAGCCAACCAAAUCCAAUCGCUCAACAAUACCCAGAUGCACCCACGGGGACCUUGAACACCACCAUGGCAAUAGUGCCAAUACCCCUCGACACUGCAAGGAGGAUCAUACCGCCACAGCACGCCAUCCUCGAGGGCGCCUAUAGGGCAUUAAUGCCUGAUUUCCCAGCCGGCAUGUAUCCCGCAUUUGUGACAGCCGCGUUGGACCACGACAUCCAGCUAGCCGCCCUCGGCAUCAACGUACAAGACUUCCAGCGCUUCGGCUGGUCAUUCCCAUUCAUAGAUUUACUCGGCGACGGCUACUCGUCAUUCACAAUGGCGCCCGCCCAGAUGAUCAGCGACGACAACCAGAUCGCCAUCAACGGCUCCCGGGACUACGGCACCACCGUGCACCCGACCAAGUUCGAGCCGGGCUGCGAGGCCUACGGGCGCAUGCCGGACGGCUCGACCUACUUCAAGGGCCAGGCGACCGACGGCUCGGACAAGUACGUCAUGCUGGAGUUCUCGGCGCUGGGCCAGGGCGAGGCCAGCCCGUACCCCAUCGAGGUCUACCAGAACCUCACGAACCAGCCCAUCUUCGCCAACGGCACCCAGUGCGACAAGAUGGUGCGGCUGUUCAACACGACCAUCAGCCAGGGCCAGUGGGCGCCGGUGCCGGUAAAAGGCACCGUCUUCUCGAACCUGGAGCCGAUGGAGGACUUUGGCGAGGGGCUGGGCGAGGUUUUUGGAGUUCUUGUUGAUACCCCUUUUAUUGAGUUUAAUGGGCAGGAGUGCGCUUCCUUGAAGGGAUAUUCUGGCCCUUGAGAGUAUAUUCUGGCAUUGGGUCGGGAGGCUAGACCGAGGGCAUAAGGUCUUGGGUCUCCCUAUUGCAUAUCAUAAUUCAUAUCAUCGAUUUAUAUAACCUAUUUUCAAGAUGUAA